UCAAUCCUGGCACUAUCUCUAUGCUCGAUAUCUUAGCACUUCAUUUCGUGUCUUGUUUGUCAUGUGAGGAGAAAUCAUGUUCGAAUUCUUGACUGGACCGCUGUUACUCACCCUGUUUCUGGGAUUAUUGGCCUUAUAUUUCCUUUACAGGUAUUCCACUCGCAACUUCGAUUACUGGGAGAAGCGUGGACUUCCUUACGUGAAAGGAAUUCCAUUCUUUGGAUCCGCUUAUGAGCUAUUGUGGAAGCCAAAUCAUGAAUUAGAAUUGGAUCGCUACGUAAAGUAUGGAGCCCUUUAUGGGCACUUCGAAGGCAGUCGCCCACUCAUAUCGGUUGGAGAUCCGAACCUCAUCCGAGAAGUUCUGGUGAAAGAAUUCUUUUCUUUCAGCAAUCGGAGACUAGUGGAAUCCGGCAACAGCGUCAUGGAUUCGAUGUUGCCCAAUUUAAAAGGCGAAGAUUGGAAGCGAGUACGAAGUAUCGUGUCUCCGACCUUCACCACCGGAAAAAUUAGGAGGAUGAUGAGCAUCGUCAAACAGUGUUGCCACACAUUGCUACAGAAUUUACAGAAGGUGUCGGACAAAGGGAAACCUUACAAGGUCAAAGAGCUAUAUGGAGCUUUUUCAAUGGAUGUCAUUGCCAGUUCUGCAUUUUCAACAAAACUGGACUCGCACAAUGAUCCUAAGAAUCAAUUUGUACAGACGGCCAAAAAAGCAUUUUCCACCAGUUUCUCCAUCAGGAUCGCCUUUCAUCAGCUGAUGCCAAACCUGAUGAAAUUUCUGGGUAUCCCCGUUUUUCUACCUCAGCCGACGGAGUUUUUUAAACAGGUCACUCUUCGGAUUAUGGAAGAGAGGAAACGAACGGGACAGACUCGAAACGAUUUCCUGCAACUUCUGAUGGACACGGCCAAGGAAGUCUCCCAAGAACAGAAAUGGGAGUUCGUUAGCGACAAGGAAGAUAUCACUUCCAAUUACGAACAAGUAGAAAGCAACCAGCAAGCCAUCAAGACAUUCGGCAAUAAAAGCCUUUCUCUGGAUGAGUUGGUGGGGAACUGCGUCAUCUUCUUCCUGGCUGCCUACGACACCAGUGCGACGACAUUGACCUUUGCGUCGUAUCUGCUGGCAUUGAAUCCUGACAUCCAGGACAAGGCAUUUGAAGAGAUUCGCGAAGUUCUGCAGAGAUACAAGGGUGAACUGACUUAUGAAGCUCUUCAAGAGAUGAAGUACCUUGAUAAUAUCAUAUCUGAAACUUUAAGGCUGUAUCCACCGGCUACGAGAUUGGAGAGAUUGACAGACGUUGACACCAAGUUGGGAGACACCGGUAUAACCAUUCCCAAAGGCAUGAUCAUCUCCAUACCCAGCUACGCACUGCACAAAGACCCGCAAUAUUUUCCAGAUCCUGAAAAAUUUGACCCGGACAGGUUCACGCCGGAAGAGCGAGCCAAGCGUAAUCCGUACGCCUACCUGCCCUUCGGAGCUGGACCCAGGAAUUGUGUCGGGAUGAGGUUCGCCCUGAUGGAAGUCAAGGUGUGCCUCGUGUACGUCAUUACCAACUUCGAAAUGCAGAGAUGUCCCGAAACCAAGGUGCCUUUGGAAUUUCAUCUCGGACCCGGUCUUCUUAUUCCCAAGAGUCUCGUUCUGAAGCUCAAAGACAGGAAAGAGAGGCUCACUGUGAAAUGAGGCUUCGUUUUAAUCAUAUGAUUAUUGAAAUCAAGAUAUCUGUAUAGAUUCUCAAAGAUGUUAAUGGUCAAUACAUUCAAUAAAUGUGAUAUACUUUGGAAAAUAAAAUACAUAACUUUUA